UAUGAUUUUGAUACCCGGCAGCACACACUUUUGAUUCUCGUUGUACUGGGACUUAUCUUGUGGACGGGCUCCUCGCAGGCUGCCCGUCGCCUGAGGAAGAAGCCGAAGGUCUACAACGCCCUCAUCACCACCGACGACAAUCUGACCUCCAGCCGGGCCUAUCCGGUCAUCCAGCCCACCAUCCACGAGCCGGGUUACGCCCCCUUCGGACCCUACAAUCCCUAUGGCUUCUACAGUCCUCCAACUGUGCGGUUCGGCCAGCCGAUUGUCCCUGGACUGACGCCAAAUGAGAGGCUCCCCUACCCCCUGCCAUCUGCUGCCCAGUUUCCAGGUGGCUAUGCUCCAUAUGAGCCCCAACAGGCGGUGGAAUCACCCGGAUCCGUGGAGCCACAGGAGGUGCCCAAGGAGCAGAUGCCCACUCAACCACUCAACCAGCAGGGACUGCCGCCCGUACUCAUCCCCCUGCCCUCGCAGUUCAGGGGGGGACAGCCCAUGCACCUGCCUCCCUAUCCGUAUAGCCAAUAUCCAGUGAUCUACGAUCAGGCGGCGGGCUACAUAAGGCAGAACUAUCUGCCGCCCUAUGAUUACUACCCCAGUCAGGGUUAUCCCAUUCGUGAGGCUGCUCCAGCUACUACUGCUCCGAGGAUAGAGGAGGAUUCUCAGCCUCAGGCCCCACCGAAUCCCCCACAGAAUGCAGCCGAAAUACAGCCUCUGCCACUGGACAAUCUGGAACCGGCGCAGCCCAGCUUCGAGGACAUUCGCAACGGAUCGGAGAGCAAAAACAGUGCGGUUCCGGAUGUUCCACCUCCGCCGAUACCCUCGGGACCCAAACGUAUAACCGGAUAAUUCCGGUUGCCCAGACGCAGCACACACGUAUUUAUUACCAUUUCGCUUAGGCAUAUAAUAUCGAUUCGAUUGUACAAUGUCGCUUAACCCGUAAGCUAAAGUAAGAGUUCAUUCAGAGAUAACGAAUAAAUAAUACAAAAUCAGCCCA